AACAUGGCCUCCACAACAAAAUCACAUGCUGGUGUUGCAUCAUGGCCGGCAAUUACAAGAAUUUUCUGAAACUAUUGGAAUCGUGGCCCCUGGAUAAAUCCAAGACUGGAAGAGAUCUAGCCCAGCACAUAAGGGACCAGAUAAAAGUCGCUUUCUCGAAGGGUGACAUCCAGCAGGCCCAGAUUAAUCAAGAGCAGUGCGACAGAUAUUAUCAGAGUUUACGUCGUUUAUCUUCGAAUCAAUACGCGGAGCUGUACACCAGGGCAUCAACAGCCUCCGCCAGUGGACUUUCCGCAGAGCAGUGCAACGUGGCCCUCACCCCAGAGCUCCAAGAGUAUUUCCACGAGGAAGAUCAGUCCCGUUUCAAGAAACUCAUUAAAAAGCUGAAGAAGAAUGACACUAAAUCCGAUUAAAAUCUAUCUUCAGCCUCUUCAGCUGCUCUGCAAAUUUCCCAGAUCAUUCAAAAUUUUGAGAGAGCGCCCAGGAAGGAUGAGGUACUCAACCCAAAGCCAGCCUAAGCUUCAAAGUCGUCCUCACAUCCCCGUGAUGGCAAAGGAAGUGGUUGAGCACCUGAAACCAUCCUCUGGAAAUACUUUUAUAGACAUGACUUUUGGCGCUGGGGGUCACACCUCUCGAAUUCUCUCAGCUGCACCGAAUAUCAGGGUAUUCGCUCUGGACAGGGAUCCAGUGGCCCAUCAAUUAGCCCAGGAGAUGGCUCAGCAAUAUCCUGGACAGGUGAUUCCUCUUCUGGGAAGAUUCUCAGAGUUGCCAAUGUUAUUGGCUAAUCAACAGGUUCAACCGAAUUCUAUCGAUGGAAUUUUGUUCGACUUUGGGUGCUCGUCCAUGCAAUUCGACGUGGCUGAAAGAGGAUUUUCCCUGUCUAAGGAUGGACCCCUGGACAUGAGAAUGGAUGGGAAUCGAUUUCCAGAGGAUCCAACAGCAGCUGAUGUUCUCGAACGAGCGUCUGAAGUGGAGCUAGCGAGGAUAAUCAAGGUCUACGGUGAGGAAAAAGCAGCGAAGAGAAUAGCAAGAGCUAUAGUCGAUGCGAGAUACAGUUUUAAGAAGCUGGAGACAACUUGGGAGUUGGCUAGACUCGUAGAAUCAGUCCUGGGGGGAGAACUGAGGACAGAUCAGUUGGGGAGAUUCGCCCAUGGAGCUACCAAGACCUUCCAGGCCCUCAGGAUUUUCGUAAAUAAUGAGAUGAAUGAGAUAAAUUAUGCAAUGAUCGUAGCUGAAAAGUAUCUCAAGAUAAAUGGUAGAUUGAUCGCAAUUAGCUUUCAUUCUCUGGAGGAUACUAUUGUUAAAAGACAUCUUGUUGGAAAUGUCACUGACGAUGUGGCCAACACCUCUCCCCUCAGGUACUACAACCAUGGAAAGGUCUUCGAGCAUGCUGAGGUCGAUAAAAUCACCCAAGUUCCUUGGAAGAUGCUGCACAAACACGUCAUCGUCCCCAGUGAUGAGGAGAUCGAGGAAAAUCCCCGGUCGAGGUCAGCUAAAUUUCGAGCUAUUAUUAAGAUUACAUAGUUGAAGAGGGGUUAUUGUGUCAUGUAAAUACUUUCAUUAGUUUUUAUUGAUGAAUUGAUUUCUAAAAUAAAAAAGUAGACGAUUUCCAUUA